UUUCGAAUUAAGGUUAUCUGCGAGGAAUCCAUAUUUUACCCUCGUUUUUUUUGUUUUGUUUUGUUUUGUGUGCUUUUGUGCAUUUUCUUCUCAACCAUCAUUUCUCCCACCCAUCCAUCCAUCAACACAACCACAAAAUCCCAAUACCAUUUUUCCAACCGCAUUCAAUUCUAAGCAUUUCACCGCGAAGAAUUUCAUUCUUACAUCAUUGAAAAUGUCGAAGUCUACAUUUUCAUUCCGAGAGGCCAUGAAGGACAUCAUGGCGCGCUUUGGCUCUAUCCGAGUCCGCACCGAGUUCCCGAGUCAGCUCAAGUUCCUCAUCCUCUCAGAGGUGGACGAAUGCGAGAGGGCAGGAAUCCAUGGCAUGGCCGUAGAGUCGGUCCAGUUCAAUAUUUGCUAUUACCUUUGGGACGACGUUUCCCGAGACGAGGAACCUGUCUGGGCUGAUGGGCUCAUAGACACAAGCCCCCGAACGGCCGAUGAUGCCCGCGAGAAGGCGGACUUGAAGGUCCUGCGCGCAGCGGCAGAUCGCGUCAUGGAAUCCGUCGAGGACGCCGUGAAAAUGGUCGAAACAAACAAGGAACUCGUCUCGCCCAAAGCUGAGCUACCGCCCCAGCCUCCUUCCGCGAAGAGGAUUGAGGAGGGCAAGAACAAAGGAACCGACAAGCCGCCGGCGCUCCCAAUGACAGGAUCGAUCGAGACUAACAAGAUCGCCAGUUGGGCUGACCCUGAAGCCUAUAGACGGGCAUUUGCCUCAGUGGGGACCAAUACAAUCACGCACUCGCUCCCUCCCAACUAUCUCUUGCUAUGGGAGAAGGCGUCUCUGGGCUUGAUUAAGACGUUCAAGCACUCGCCCAGUCUGGAGGAGAUUCUCGAGGGGCUCGAGGCACUCAUGGUCACGCCCUGCCUCCCGUCAACACUCGGGAAGCUAGACGCGCAGCGCUUCAGAACGGCGAUGUUUGCCUGCGAGAACGUUGCCUGCGAGUUGGUUGAAGACGUGGCUGCAGGUGAUAUCAACUUGCUAGAAGAAUGGCGCUGCGGUCUCUAUGAACGCUUCGAUAGGGAAGCCGCUGAGCUGAAGGAGAAAACUGGAUUGUGGAGAAGAAACCGCGAAGAUGAUGAAGAGGCUCUGAAGGGCGAUUAGAAUUUCGCCGAAGGGGAAUUAUCGGCAUCGUGAGGACGGGAAGGGCUUUGUUCAUCGAUAGACGAAACUAAAUGAAAGCUGCGGGCUUCCCCCAAGUACUAAAAAAGAUGAGACAUCAAAUGGAUAAUAAUAG